ACUAGUCACUUAGUGAAAAUGGCAGCGUCCUGUGACCUGGCAACUGCGGCUGCAAGUGGCGAUUUAAAUCUUGUUAAGAGAUUGGUCCAUGACGGAGCAGAUGUAAAUAAGAAGUCACGUGACGGCUUCACUCCUCUCUGCAAUGCAGCAUUCUGGGGCUACAGCCAAGUAGCAGAAUACCUUAUACACCCAGGACCAAAAUCCAGUUAAAACCACAGAGCUGAUGUGAACCUGAGCAACGGAGGUACUCUGUGGACACCCUGCCACUGUGCAGCAUUCCAGGGACAUGGAAAAGUUUUGAUGAAACUCCUGGAGGCCAAGCCUAACCUUAGCUUGAAAGACAACAGAGGAAGAACUGCUGCUGAUUUUGCCUCGGCAAUGGAAGCGAUCUGGCCAUUCUUUGCAACGGAAGGAUGUAGAAGAACCUCAAAGGCUGAACUUGUCAGACUAGACAUUGUCAAAAAGGUUAAAGAUUAUGACCCAACCAUGCCUUCAUCAGACUAUGCUCAUUUCUCCAGACCAGGAUCAGCUUACGUCAUGAAGUCACAGCCUAUGAGGACCAACGAUAACAUGGACUACAAAAGGAAAAUGGCUGAGGGUGGUGACGUGCUUUCGAUCGAGGAGGAAGUCCAAGAUUUAUCGCUGAACAACUCGAAUCCUUCAUUUAAUAUAUGGAGAAGAUGAUACUAACUCAAAGACUGGUGUAAUAAUAAAGAUGCAAUUAUGAUUGCUUGAUUUAUGAUGGCGUGUUUUCCUUCAGCAAGAUAUUUAUCCACACUGAGCUGUACUCGACCCAGCUAGGUGAGGUAAAUGGGUACCGGCAGGAAGUAAUUCCUCAAAAAGCUGUGCGCACCAGAAUCGGUAGACUAGCUUAGCCGGGGUAAUAUAGGAGCGCCUUGAGCACCUAGCAAGGUGGAUACGUGUGCUAUACAAAUCCUAUAUUAUUAUCAUUAUUAUUGCUUGUAACUUUUGGUAGGCCCUACAUAGUUGUAACGUUUAAUGUAUGUACAUUGUAUACAGUAACACUGAGUUGUAAGGCCCUGUCACAUCAUUCCGUGCAAGCUUUGCGGGUGAGUUGCGGGCGAUCACAGCAACUCACCAGCAACAAAGUUUUGAGCAUGUUCAAAACUUUUCUGCAUGCAAAUCAGGCUUGCUUACGCUUCUGCGGGCAACAGCGUGUGCGAUGUGUGCGAGAUACUGUCAAUGUGGGCGACCUGUGAGUAGCAAAAAUAGUCACCCGCAAGUCACACGCGAGGCAGGUUGACUGCCCGUCUUCUCCUGAAGACGGACAGUCAACCUGCCCGAAAUGUCGAGUCUCUCUACUGCUUCUACUCAUCAUCUCUACUCGCCGACUCGAGCCAGCAUCUCCUCAUCCAUCCUACUACUCAAGCUGUUUUCAACUCAUCAAUCUCUUCUGGUUUACAGUCCUUUUCAGGACUACAUUCAAGAAAGAUUACUCUCAAAUUUCCACUUUCUCGCCUAUCCAUUUCUUUUCUUCUUCUAUCCACUGUUUCUGUAACACUCAACAUGGUGUACCGUAAACCACAUCAGCGAUUGUACAUGCCACCAUGCAAACCUUCAAACAAUUUUACAAUUGAUAUCUUAUAUAAAAGUGUCUUGUAGGAGUGACGUCAACAGAUGUGAUUGAUAUUUUCAAUCACUUGUAACUUGUUUAUAUGGUUAACCAUAGCCCUGCAGUCACAAUUAACUUUACAAAUGGUUCUGUCUGUUAUGUUAUUGCACCCCGCGCUGUAACUUAAAAAGAUCAAAUUAUCAUUUAAUAGUAAUUGUAACUCUUUACAUGUUGUUUCAUAGAUGUACAGUUACAGUUAGCUUUACAAUUGAUCUACAUGUGCUAUGUUAAAGGAUCCUGUAGGUUGUAACAUUAAAAUACAAUUCAUAAUCACAAUUUAUUGGAACUUUUGUAUAUGUUUUUCCAUAGAUAUGUUUUUCCAUAGAGUUAUAGUUAUAAUUAAUUUUACAAUUGAUCCAAAAUCUUAGUGGAAUCUUCAUAUUUUGAUGUCUUUCAAAUGAGCAUUGCUUAUAUUCAGCAGUGGUAGCAAACUGAAGAUUGGCAUGAAUUGAUGCCUAGGACUGCCUACUGUAUGCAGUG